GAGUCACAGCCUCACAGGAACACUCGAAUUCCCAAUUCCCUCUCUUGCUCUCCUCUCAGUGAAAGAACUCUAACCAUAAAAACUCUACACACCUCUUCCUCCACCUUCGCUGCCGCACUCUCGCACCACGCCACCGCCGGCUGCUCCUCCAUCACAGACGAACACUCGAACUCGGUGCUGCACUGCUGGCUGCUGCUUCUCGUGGGCUGUGGGUUGUUCGAAUCGAAUCGAAGAAUCCCUAAAAAUCGAAAUUUUUGAUUUUGCUUAAGGUAUUUUCACUCUUUAUCCUAAAUCUUAAUAUUAAUCUUGUUCUAAUCUUUAAUCUUAGUGUUAAUCUUAAAUUCUUAAUCUUAAUUUCUUGUAAUGUGCUCUUUCGACCAUUGAAUUUGAUUACUAUCUUUAUCUUUGAUUUUAUAAUCUAAGUAAUUGGGUUUAAAAAUCUGGAAACAUAAUUGUUUCUAAGCUAUUGAAAAUUUGAAAAUGUUGUCGUAGCUUCCUGAAUUUGAUUCCAUUCUUCGAAGCUUCCUGAAUUUGAUUCUAUUCUUCGAAGCUUCUUCCUGGAGAAUCUUGUUGUCGUAGCUUUUGUUAAUUUGAUGUUAUGAUGAUGAUAAGAAUUCUAUUUGUGAAUUCAAAUUGUUUCUAAGCUAUUGAAAAUUUUAACCAACAUUUGAAAAUGUUGAAAUUUUAGUAAUAAUUUUGUUAGAAAGUUGUUUCUUGAUCAAACUUAAAUUUACCUAUUUAUUUGGUUUUCUUUGAUUUGGUUUGUAUGACUAUUUUUAAAUACUCAUGUUGUUUAUUUGGUACUUGUUUGCAUUUUAUAUGAGUUUUAUGUUUUUAAAGUGUGUGAUUAUUUGUUGGAGACUUUGGUUAUGUGUUUGUUUGAGACUUUGGAUAUGUGUUUGUUUGAGACUUUGGAUAUGUAAUUGUUUGAGACUUUGGAUGUGUGUUUGUUUGUGACUUUGGAGUUUGGAUAUGUAUUAUGGGUUUUAAGGCCCAAAUGAUUGAAUAUAAAUAUGUGGCACAGAUGGGUAUUAAGCGGGGAUUUGACGGGUGGUGGGGCGGGAAAAAUAGGUAUUAGACGGGGAUGGAUACCCAGAUGGGUGGUGGGGCGGGGAUGGUUUUAGUUACAAACCUAUCGGGGAGGGGACGGGGAAAAAAAUUAUACCCGCCGCGGAGAUGGGGACGGGGACGGGUAUUGCAUUAACAGAUGGGGAUGGGGAUGGGGAUGGGAAUUCCAAUCCCCGGCCCGUCCCGUUUGCAUCCCUACAUGCAGCACGACAGGAACAUCACUUCUAUCGGCAAUUCUCUACUGCGGGUUCUCAGUGCAGCCAUUUCAUCUUUGAAUUAAACGAAACAAGGAGAAUUGACAAAUAAGCUGCCCUAAUUGAUCAAUUUUCAAUUCCAGGUACAUUUUUAGUUCUAGUUGACCAUGCAUAAUGUUCGUCAAACUCUCUUCUUUUUACGGAAAACCAAGUACUUGCAUACAACAUCCCAUGAAGCAGCUAGUGAAAGAUUGAAGAGACUGGUUGCUGAUUUCCAGCGAAAGAAGAAAACAAGAAAUCUGAAGAAAAAUGAGGUUUUCGUGGAAGUUCCGGAGUCCUUAUCAUUUUUGGACACAGCCACCAUGCCAAUGAUGCUUACAGCUGUUGGUGUUGCACUUUUUGCAAAACUUCUUAUGAUGUAUGAUGAGUCCAGAUCUCAAGAACUGAUUGAGCGCAAGAUAAAGAAUGCUCCUCCUGGUCAAGGAACAGUUAGGAUGCUCACACGUGAAGAAUGGGAGCAAAUUCGAGAAGUAAGGCCUAGAACUCCUUUUGAAUCAAAGCUUGCUCGGCCUAACGCACGAAUAAGGACUGGCGGUGCGAUCAAAAAGGAGGAUGUGAAGGACUGGACGAUUGAUGUACUGAUGGACGCAGUUACGCGAGUAGAAGAGAGUGUUAGACAUAAGUCUAGAUGAAACCUGAAGACUUGCAUCCUAUUUUUUGCUAUGUUAAUUAAUCAAAACUUAAUAUUUUCCUUCAAAAAAUAGGGAUUCUAGUUAAUGAUAUCAUCGUGCUAAUAGAAGUAUGUUCUGUAUAUUCUCUUGGUCUUUAUUGAUAUCAGAUUAACGCGUUGUUACAAAUAUCGUAGAAUAGUUUGUUUUGUAACUUCGACAUUUUAUGAAGUUGUGGACUUCGGCUCAUGCAUCUAUGAAUUCGAGUCCAGCAGCGAAUGACUUGCUGGAAUGCAAGAGUCACGAAUUGAAAAACACUAGAUAUCCUUCACUUGAAUAUUCUGAAUGAUCUGGAGAUUGUAGUUCAAUUGUGAUGGUGAAUCGGACAUUCUGAUGAGAGCGUUCGGGCGUGUAUGGGUUGGGGUUAUAUAUAAUCAUCUAAUAAGUGUGUAGAUUAUUAUUGUUUAGUAUUAAUUAGUUGUUAUAAUAGCUCUUGGAGUAUAUUUUUUGAGAAAAAUAUAGAGAAAGUAUUCUACUUUGAUUUUGAAACGUCAUAAACUGUACUAUAUUUAAAGUAAUUAUUUUGAAAGUGAUAUUUUUUUAAAUAG